CUGCAAGUCCAUUAAGAUGGUUGUCACUAAUCAGGAACUUUGGGAAGAAAUGCUAGGUACCAAAGGACUGAUUGUGGUAGAUGUUUAUCAAGGAUGGUGUGGACCAUGUAAGACAGUUGUAAACCUCUUCAGGAAAAUAAAGAAUGAACUUGGUGAUGACCUCCUACAUUUUGCUGUGGCUGAAGUGGAGUCAAUUGAUGCCUUAGAAAAGUAUCGUGGAAAAUGCGAGCCAACAUUUCUCUUUUAUGCUGGAGGAGAGUUAGUAGCAGUUGUAAGAGGAGCAAAUGCACCAUUACUACAGAAAACCAUUCUGAAACAGUUAGAGUCAGAAAGACUUGUUUUGGAUCAUGGAGCAGACAGAGUGGUGAUCCAGGAUGAAGCCCUUCCUAAAGAAGAAGAAAGCACUAUUGUUGGGAUUGAGGAGGAAGAGGAUGAGGAGGGGGAAGAAGAGGAUGGUGAGGAAGAGGAAGCAGAUAUGUAAUACGCGGUGGUGGGGCCAGCAUGCCACCUCUCUACUUAAUCUUCUCCUUGUAUGAGAAGGUGAAUGUUCCUGGAUACUUCAUUUUUUGUCAUUGUUCCAGCUACUUCAAGAACAUAUUAUUCAGUUCAAAUGGAACAUCUUCUGGGGCAUGCAAAUGAAUUAGACUUGACUUGCCCAAGGACUUUGUGGAACUUUAAAUACUGAAGGAGUUCAGUAUGAGUGUUAAGGUGACCUUACUUU